UAAUGUUUAUUUCUAUUGGUUUCCGUUGAAUUAAAUUUCUCAAAAUCAGUGAGCGAGUUAAUUGCUUAACAUUUUCUUCAAAGUUAUUUUUUAAUCAACCGACAUUUACCAUUAUCGAAAUAAACCAAUUCUAAAGAAAUUAAAUUCUAAACCUGAAGGCCUCAAAUCUGAGUUUUUGUAUUCGUAUCCGGAUUUCGUUGAACAUCAAUUGGUUCUUGGUGUGAUUAACCUGUUCAAUUAAUAAAAGAAUUAAUUAAUUUAAAUUUAUAUCAAUUAACGACGCGACUGUGACUCUAAGUAAUUGACUUUUCUUCUCAAUUCAACUGCUCUCUUUGAAUAUUUUACUUUCUGUCAAGAGAUGACUCUCAGCACAAGGAAUAAGAAAACAGUUUAAUUUGUUAAUUUCUAUCUUAAGCCAUCAAAUCAUUUAACUAAAUUGCUCAUCCCAAUAAGACUGUGAUUCUCUCAAAUUGUAAUCAAUUUCUCAUCCCAAAUCAAAGUUCACUUGUUACACUGAUCGCUUUUCAUUAUCUGACUUAUUCUCUUGUCACAAUCUCAUCUGUUUACCUAUUGUCAAUUUGUCUGUUCACUUGUAAAGAGAAAAUCUCUUGGUUCCAAUUUUGGAAAAUUUCAUUUUCUUUAUUUGUUUACUUGUUUCCAUUUUCUCUUUGAUACUAUUUUUCUCUUUCCAAAAGUUACAUACUCUUUCCAACGCUUCAAAUUCUGCUCUUUGCCUAAUCUCUUCCUUCUGAUUGAUUAGUAUUUUCGCUUUUCUUCUUCAUUUCUCUCUCUCUCUCUCUCACACACUUUAUUUUUCCUCCUCUUUUUCCAUUUAAUCAUUGGGAUAAAUGAGUGAUUACGAUGCUCAAAAAGACGAAAUUCUCGCCAUUAAGAGUAUUUUUGAAAGUGAUAACCUGUUUGUCCAUGAAGAUUGUCGAAGAGGUGUUUUCAUCGCCAGUCCAGUUCUACCCGAACCUCCAUUGAUCAUCACCUACUCAUUGAAACGUAAAGAUAAUGGAUCAUUGGACAGUUUCUCUAUUGAUUAUCUACCACCUUUUGAAUUUCAAUUUGAAUUACCUGAUUCUUAUCCAUCCAAAGAUCCACCGAGAUUCUUAUUAAGCUGUGAAUGGCUUUCAGGUCAAGAUUUGCGAAAGGUUUGCGCUCGUUUGGAUAAACUUUGGGAUGAAACGCAAAGUGAAAUUCUUUACCAAUGGUUUGACUUUCUACUACACGAUUUAAUCAAUUUUCUGGAGAUCAGGUCACCAUACAAUAUCACCACUAAAGUUCUUGCACCGAUCGUGAAUAAUUACAGAGGCGGAGAAAAAAAUGAUCCCGAUGGCUCAAAAACCUACUCACGCAACACCAAUGGAACAACAUCAACAGAAGACUCUAAACAAAAACCAAUUAAUGGUCACUCAUCAUCAAAAUCCAACUCAAGUUUACAUUUACCAGGAAAAUGCCAGUGGCGUCGUUUACAUAAUUCACCAGGCACAAAAUAUUACGAUCGACGUGGCAGAUUUAUUCGCUUGGGUCCAGGGUUAAUUGAACGAAUGAAACGCUAUGACUCAACUAAAAGAAAAGAGCGUUUUGAGAAUUCUAAAAUCGAAUGUGGAAUAUGUUUCUCAUCGUUUUUUGGCAUUGAUACCGUUGCUUUCGGCUGUGAUCAUUACUAUUGUGCAAAUUGUAUCAAAACAUAUCUGGAAACUUUAAUCGCAAAUGGUCAAGUUCACUCACUCGUUUGUCCAUUUGAUAAAUGUAACAAUACAGUUGACCCAGAGAUGGUUAAAGUUCUGGUUGGACCAGACUUAUAUCAAAAAUAUGAUUCUAUUCUACUUUCAUCAGCCAUUGGUAAUCUCGGUGGAAUCAUCUAUUGUCCUCGUAUUAAUUGUCUUAAACCAAUAAUAACCGAACAUGAUCCGGAUAUUGAGAAAUUGGUCCAUUGUCCAUAUUGUGACUUCGCCUUUUGCACUUCCUGUAAGAUGACCUACCAUGGAGUUGAUCCAUGUAAAUCUUUUGCUGAUGAAGAUGAGAAGAUAUUUAUUCUUCGAGAAUAUGAUGAGGCUGCACCUGAAAAGAAAAAGCUCAUGGAAAAAGAAUAUGGAGAAAAGUUCCUAUUCCAACAAUUACUAGAUUUUAAGAACAAGAAUUGGCUAAAAGACAAUAGUAAACAAUGUCCCAGUUGCGCUUAUUCAAUCCAAAAGAUCGACGGAUGUAACAAAAUUCAUUGUUUCCGGUGUAAUUGUAAUUUCUGUUGGCUUUGUUUAGCUAAAUUACGAAGUGAUAAUCCUUAUCUUCAUUUCCGUGAUAAAAAAUCUCCUUGUUUUGCUAAAUUGUUUGAAGGUGUAAUACAAGAUGAGGAUACCGAUGACGAUGACGACGAAUGGGAAGAAAUGAAUGAAGAUUUCUUAUUCCAAGAUUAAUCAGUAUUUUCCAAUCAAUACAAAUUCACUUCAACCAUUUAGGAUUUUUAAUACAAAAUCAGUGAUGUAAACUGUAAAACAGAAAACUAAUCAAGAAACGCAAAUAGUGAAAAUUCAAUUCAUUUAAUUUAUUAUCUUAACAAUGAGACAAGUGGUUAACCUCAUUAUUUGUAAAAAUUUGCUUUUGAUUAAAAUUACGAUUAUCAUUAUGA